AUGGAUAAUUUCACGACAAGUGGGUUUCUCCUCAUGGGAUUUUCUGCCACGCCUGAACUAGAAAUCUUCUAUGCCUGUCUAUUCCUCCUUCUCUACUUGUUGGCUUUAGCUGGCAACAUGCUCAUCAUCACCACCACGUCCCUGGAUGACAGUCUCCAGUCCCCCAUGUAUUUCUUCCUGAGGCAUCUCUCCUUGCUGGAUCUCUGCUACAUUUCUUUGACUGUCCCAAGAUUCAUUUACAACUCUUUCUUGCAGAGUGGGAACAUUUCUUUCUGGGAAUGCGUUUUACAGUGCUUUGUCUUCACUCUCUGUGCGGGUGCAGAGAUGGCCAUGCUCACGCUGAUGUCCUAUGACCGCUAUGUGGCCAUCUGCCUGCCCCUGCACUAUGACGUUAUCAUGGACAUCAGAACAUGUGUUCAUGGGGUCGCUGCCGUCUGGGUCAGUGGCGCCAUCUCUGGAGUUAUGCAUACGGCAGCUACUUUUUCCAUCCGUUUCUGUGGUCCCCGAGUCAUUCAUCAGUUCUUCUGUGAUAUUCCUCAGAUCUUGAAACUCUCCUGUUCUAAUGACUAUAUCUAUGAGAUCGGUGUCACUGUCAUCCUGUCUUUGGUGGGAUUUCUUUGUAUUGUCUUUAUCGGAUUCUCCUACAUGCAGAUAUUUUCUUCUGUACUGAGGAUGCCAUCUGCUGAGGGCAGAGCUAAGGCCUUUUCCACUUGCCUUCCCCACCUCGCUGUUGUCUUACUAUAUUUUUCUACUGCUGCUUUUGAGUACUUAAAAUCUCAUUCAGACUCUCCAACUGUGUCAGACAUUCUGCUGACUAUUAUGUAUACAGUAGUUCCGCCUACAUUCAAUCCAAUGAUCUACAGCCUGAGAAAUAAAGCCGUAAAGUUAGCAGUAAGAAAGAUUUUAAUACAAGAUCUCUUCAUGUGUAAGAAAUGUGUUAAGCACUUUUAA